GAAACGCUCAUCCUCUAGAAACGUCGUCGCCUCCGCUUGCCCUACGCAACCACGGAAAAGAAAAACAUAAUACUACUCCAGCUACUAUAGUAAUAAAGAAAAUCAGAAAUCAACGACGACGGUGGCGACAGACGCCCAUCGCUAACUUCUCGCCUUUUGUCGCUCUCCCUCUCAAAACAUUCUUCUUUUCCAGCAGAUAAGUAGUAGUAGUUUGCAGAUCCGGGUUCGGGUCAUCAAAUCCGGACCUCUUGAUUUUGCCAAAAUGCCUUCCCGCAGAAGAACGCUUUUGAAGGUCAUCAUCCUCGGUGACAGCGGGGUGGGGAAGACCUCAUUGAUGAAUCAGUAUGUAAACAAGAAGUUCAGCAAUCAAUACAAGGCAACUAUUGGAGCUGAUUUCUUGACAAAAGAAGUGCAGUUUGAAGACAGGCUCUUCACUUUGCAGAUUUGGGAUACAGCAGGGCAGGAAAGGUUUCAGAGCCUUGGUGUUGCUUUCUAUCGUGGUGCGGAUUGCUGUGUCCUUGUUUACGAUGCGAAUGUGAUGAAGUCUUUUGAUAAUCUAAAUAAUUGGAGGGAAGAGUUCCUCAUACAGGCCAGUCCUUCAGAUCCAGAUAAUUUUCCAUUUGUUGUGCUGGGAAACAAGAUUGAUGUGGAUGGUGGAAAUAGUAGAGUGGUGUCUGAGAAAAAGGCCCGAGCAUGGUGUGCCUCUAAGGGAAACAUUCCAUACUUUGAGACUUCUGCAAAGGAUGGCACAAAUGUGGAAGAAGCUUUUCAAUGCAUUGCCAAAAAUGCCUUAAAAAGUGGAGAAGAAGAAGAAAUAUACUUGCCUGACACUAUUGAUGUUGCAAGCAGCAGCCAGCAGAGGUCAUCUGGGUGCGAGUGUUAAAUUGAGUAACAUGGUCUUGAGUCUGAUUACAGAACAAAUCCUCCAAAGCACUCCACCAUCUGGCUCAUCUUCAUUUUAUUUAUUUGAUUUAUGAGGCCAAACUUGUACAUUGAUGUUUGCGUGAGAAAAGCUGAUGGUCUCUAGAUGUUUGUUGACUUUCAGAAGUUUAUCCUCCUCUGUAUCUAUUGCCUGUUUUCAUAAAGCUUCCUAGUAUUCCAUGCUCUCUUCUGUCAAUAGUGAACAGGAUGUUUUCCUUUCCGACAAUGCCAGACAGCAAUCCUCUGCUUACUUGUGCCAUGUACUGGUUUUAACAGUUAGAAUUUUUAUUUUUCUUGA